AUGCAGAGCAGGCUGUGGAACACCCAAGCAAAGGACCUGGACAAGUACAUUGAGGAGCACCUCUUGCCUGAUACCACUUUCCGGACAGAGAUCCGAUGUGCCAUUGACAUCAUCUGCUCCUUCCUAAAGGAGAGAUGCUUCCAAGGUCUUGGGAAGUCAGUUCAGGUGACCAAGGUUGUGAAGGGAGGUUCAUCUGGCAAAGGCACAGCCCUGAAAGGAUGUUCAGAUGCAGACCUGGUGGUGUUUCUCAGCAAUCUCAAAAGCUAUCGGGACCAGAUAGAUCGCCGAAGUGAGUUCAUUGAGGAAAUCAAGAAACAGAUGGAAGCAUGUCAGCAUGAGCAAGGGCAGAAGUUUGAAGUCAAGUUUGAGGUCUACAGUUCCAGGACCAACCCUCGAGCGCUGAGAUUUAGUCUGAAGUCGACCAAGAUCAGCCAAUGGGUGGACUUUGACGUACUUCCAGCCUUUGAUGUUCUAGGCCAACUGACCACAGGCUUUAGGAAACCUGACCCCCAGGUCUACAUCAAUCUCAUAAGGGAAUCCCUGGAACCUGGAGAAUUCUCUACCUGCUUCACAGAACUACAGAAGCAGUUCCUCAGCCAGAGUUGCACCAAGCUCAAAAGUCUGAUCCGAUUGGUGAAACACUGGUAUAAAAUGUCCAUUCUCUUUUCAGCUGCCAAAGGGCUCUUCCUGGAGUGGACCUCCAACCAUGCUAUCCCUCCUGCUGCCCAUUCAAAAACUUCAGCCAUUCCUGAUUAUUUCUAG